AUGGAGGUCAUCAAAGAACUAGAGACAGCUGGUGCAAUCUUUCGAGUUGUAGCUUUAUCUGCUACCCCAGGAUCAAAUAUUAAAGCUGUGGUUGAAGUUGUACAGAAUCUGAGGAUCGCAAUGUUGGAGCUACGAGGGGAAAAUUCGACCGAUGUCACUCCGUACACACACGCUAAACAAGUUGAACCCAUCUCUCUCACUCUCUCUAAGAACAUCAUAGAUUUCCGAGAGCAAUACUUACUUAUCUUUGAACGUUAUGCGAAAAGCUUGAGAGAAUCUCGUCUAAUAACGUGUAAUGUUUUGAACAUCACAAAGUUUCAGCUGUUGAAAGCAAGUGAGAAGAUGCGUUCACGGCCUCCUAAUGGGAUGAACAAAGCCAGGGUAGGAGCCAUGAUGUCUGACUUCACUGUCUGUAUGACACUGGCCCAUGGACUAGAGUUGAUACAGACCUACGGGCUGCGGGCCUUCUAUCAGUACUUCACUGCUGGUGAAGACGAGGAAAAUCGGAAAGCAACUUUUACAAGAUUGAGCAGCGACGGAGAUUUCCAGAUUUUUAUGAAUAACUUACACAAGGCGGUCUCUGCCCCAAUGGAUCAGGUUUGGAGCCAUCCCAAACAUGAACGCCUGGUGCAGAUAUUGAAGAAUCAUUUCUGUCAAGCGGAACAGCAAGGCACUGACACCAAAGUCAUUAUAUUUUGUCAGUACAGAGUAGUGGUCAGUGAGCUGUAUGAGCUGUUGCAGAAAACUCAUCCUCUCAUCAAACCAGUCAUGUUCAUCGGACAAGGAGUGGGGAAAGACAGGAGUGGCCUGCCUCAAAAGAAACAGAUAGAGGUGAUGAAGGGAUUUCGUCAGGGCAUCAGCAAUGUGCUGAUAGCCACGUGUGUAGCUGAGGAAGGACUGGACAUCGGCUCAGUGGAUCUUCUGGUGAUGAUGGAGUGUCAGCGGUCACCAGUCAGGCUGGUACAGAGGCUAGGGCGUACAGGACGACACAGGCAAGGGCGCUGUGUGGUGUUGCUGACUUGCGGCAAGGAGGUGCAGCUCAGUAGAUCUUCUGGUGAUGAUGGAGUGUCAGAGGUCACCAGUCAGGCUGGUACAGAGGCUAGGGCGUACAGGACGACACAGGCAAGGGCGCUGUGUGGUGUUGCUGACUUGCGGCAAGGAGGUGCAGUAGAUCUUCUGGUGAUGAUGGAGUGUCAGAGGUCACCAGUCAGGCUGGUACAGAGGCUAGGGCGUACAGGACGACACAGGCAAGGGCAGUGUGUGGUGUUGCUGACUUGCGGCAAGGAGGUGCAGCUCAGUAGAUCUUCUGGUGAUGAUGGAGUGUCAGAGGUCACCAGUCAGGCUGGUACAGAGGCUAGGGCGUACAGGACGACACAGGCAAGGGCGCUGUGUGGUGUUGCUGACUUGCGGCAAGGAGGUGCAGUAGAUCUUCUGGUGAUGAUGGAGUGUCAGAGGUCACCAGUCAGGCUGGUACAGAGGCUAGGGCGUACAGGACGACACAGGCAAGGGCGGUGUGUGGUGUUGCUGACUUGUGGCAAGGAGGUGCAGAAAUUUAAUGAAGCGAUGGCUACAAGAAAGUCUUUCAUUUCAAUGAUUGAAAAUUCAAAUGUGUUGAAAUCUAGUCUCGUUAGAGAAGAGCCACAAAUGGUACCUCCACACAUAAUGCCGAAAAUGCAAUUGGUCCACAUCAAGGUCCCUGAACGUAUAACGCCUGCUAAGAAGAAGAAGCAGGCUGACAUCCGUCAAGCACUCUUAAACAAGAUUAAUGAAUGUGAUGAAAAAGACCCUGAAGAAUCUCCUUUCCUAGAUCCAGACCAACUGGCUGAAGUGGAGAAAGAACUUGGUGUAACCCAAGUCAAGUUUGAUUCAGUCACUUUUAAAAAUCCGGAAUACCUUUUCAAAAGAAUCAAUGACGCACCAAUGCAACCUGAUGAACUGUUCAGCGCAACGUUCACUCGACAAUCGGAGUACAACGAUUGGAACAGAGUUCUGCACCAGACGUACCUCGUGUUGCACUCCUCCGACACGGAGACUCUGUGCCAUCUGCUACACAAGUCGGAGUCCAUGCUACUCAACAAUCACACAGAUCUCAACUCACAGCAGUUGAACUGCAGCAGUUUAAUCCCUCAGAAAAAGGAAGCGAAGAAAGGCAAAACCAAAACUGAUAAUGUAGCGAAGAAAAAGAAAACUGAGAGAGCAGAGAAGCUCGGAAGAGAUAUACGAGAGUGUAUGGCUCAAGCGGCUGACAAGGUGCGACUGACACAGGAUAAAAUAAGCAGAGAAAAUGAGUUUGUAAGCCAAGGAAACACAGCAUCUGAUAUUGUUGAAACUUUCCCUGACCCUGUAGUUCUGGAAAUAUCAGAUACUAUGUCAGUAGAGGCUAUCAAAGAGAAGAAAAACACAAGCAAUCAGGAACUAAAAGAACUCAACUGUGUGUUCUGUGACAAAGCUGUGAAACUUUCAAGGAACUACUUGUUAGCAAAGAAGUCUUCAGUUGAUGACAAAUUAUUGUAUGUUAAUUUAAGAAAAAGUGAAUCAUUUGUUAAAAGUAAAAGUUUAUCAAAAGAAGCCAUCGAAAGCAUUAAUAUUGUUCAAAUGUUCAAGGAAGAAUCAAAUUUGGUAGAUAAAAUUAAGAAUAGUCUGCAACGACUUAGGAACAAAGUGAACAAAAUUGGUGAAAAGGCCUCCUCUUCUUUGAUUAGUGUGGAUGACAUUUUUGAUACUGAAGUCAACACUUCACCAAUAUUAGAUUCAAAUUUGAUUCAAAAUCGAAGACCAUCAGGUGACAAUAGACAUGAGGCAAAACCAGAUGUUGAAGAUGAGGAUUUUUUCAACCUAGAUGAUCUUUUUAAAGAGGACGAGGAUGUACAUUUUCAAUAUUUAACACAAAGUACAAAAACGUCAACUCCUAUUAAAGUAAAUGUCACCUUAUCUAAUGGAGCAUUAAAUAAAAAUAGUAAUAACAUAUCUGUAUUUUCAAGGACAGAAAAAUCCCAGCAUGAUGGUGUUCAAAAGAAUUCCAUGAGUAACAUAAACAACCUUCCAGUUGUAAAUUCUGAUCUUUUCUCCUCUCCUCUGAACUUGAAUCCUAGUCAAGGUAAACAAGUGUUCAAAAUUCCUCCGAUGAAGCUGAAAUCAGGACUAUUAUCAAGCCCACAGAGUGUAACUUGUGUUAAUAACUUUUCUACUCCUGUGUCGCCAAUUCUAUCAAGCCAAAAAACUACAAACCAAAAUCAUACAAUCUCACCUAUUUUAUCCAGUCAAGUUCCUCCAAGUCACGACUCGCUUUUAUCACCAGUCUUGUCAGGACAGGUCAAUACAAAUAAUCACAACUUAUCACCAAUUUUGUCUAGACAAAUUACUUCUACGCCUAAAGUUGAAAGAAAAGUUUUGUUUAAAGACAAUUCUAGUAAAGCUGACACCGAAACGUCUGAAUUGUGCAAACCUCUGAAACCAGUUGGUAAAUAUUCAGAUGCAGACUUAGCAGAGAUAGAAGCUUUAAAUAUGUUUUCUGCUAGCCAGCUGUUUGAUGAUUCCAGUGAGGAAGAGAAGGAAGAGAAAGAAGAAAAUUUAGAUCAGUCGUCCAUGUACACAAUCAGCCAAAUGGUUGCCAAAGUUUCCUCUUUAGCAGAAAAAAUGAAAAACUCUGCAACAACAGUAGAAAUUAGUAAUCACAAUCAAAAACAAGCUACAGGCUCUUCAAACGCAGGUUUUGAUGACAGUGAUGAUGAUUUUAUAUUUGAUCAAAUCAAUUUAGAUAACUUCUCUUGUCAGAACCUUUCCACCAAAGAACAGUUGAACAACAAAAGUAAAGAUGGUGAUUCCUUUAAAAUUACAAUGCGCAGUUCAAGUAAGCAAAAUUUGAGCGAUUCUUUAGCAAUUGAAAAGAAUGAAAUUGAAAAAAUAAAGCAGUUGAAAAAUACAAAUAUAUCACAAUGUCUAACCAAUAUGUCUACUGAAGAUGUGUUGAGCUCAAAACAGCCCGAGAAAGACUUUUCUCAGAAAAAUGACGAGUCGUUUAUUUCUUCAAGAUGGUUAACAUGUAUGAAAACUCCAUUGAAAACCAACCAGUCCAAAUCAAAAUCAGUCUCAUUUGCUUCCGAAACUAAACACUUUUCUUGUGAUUCAGAUUCUGAUAGUGAUGUGUUUGAAAGAUCAACAACUAAAAAUAAACCCAAAGUAACAAAUGUUAUGCCUAAACAGAGAAAAGGAAAAUCUGCAAAACUGGGAGCUAGAGCUCAAUUCCUGGAGUUGGAAGCAGACGUUAGCAUGACUGGAGGAGUGAGGUGCUCUAGUGAUGAAGAGAACACGAGUGGACUUGACGACUUAGACGCGAGCUUCAUCAACGACAUGACAGAGGUUGUGAGCACGUCGGUUGAUCAGACCACCAUCGACAUUCAAGCCAAGUAUCUUGAAUCUGUCAAAAGUCCAAUGAAAAGACCCGGUUUCAAAAUACCGGCCAUGACUGAUUCCAUCUUGGAAAGAGAUGUUUAUUCACAAGCUGUUCCUGAAUAUGACGAUGAUUCAUAUGAAAAUGACUCUUUUUGCUGUGACGCAAGCCAAAUCCCCAUCGAAGAUGAACCUUCUGAGCUCGAAAUAGCUGAAAGAUUGCUGAAGCAAAAGAGAAAGACAAAGAAAAGAAAACGAAAACCUCGAAAGUCCGAAUCAAGUAGUGAUGAUCCUAACAAGAGUAUUAGCAACGUACUGAAGAAGAAAAGACUCCUUUCAUCUAGUUCUAGCAGUGAGGAUGUUGCUUGGAGUUGUGAAAGAAAUAAAAAAAGGAAACAUGUUUCUUCUCCAGAGUCCAGUCCUAUAAAGGCACACUCCAAGAAAAGACAUAAGAAAAAUAGAAAGGUUCAGUUAUUGACGUCUUCAGAUAGUGACAGUGAUAAAACAAUAUUGUAGUUUAGUUUGUAAAUUGUAGCUGUAAAUUUGUUAUAUCUGUAUUUUUGUAUUUUUGUAAAAUGGAAAUGUUAAUACUUUUGUACAAUAUAAUUUGUUAAUAUGUUUAGUUUUUACACACUGUUAUAUAUUUAUA